AGGCAUGGAUCCACUCGGUCCAGGCUGAGAUAUUCUUCGGCGGGUGGAUUGGCCUCAACGCCAUGCUCUUGGCGAUCGAGUGCGACCACAUGAAGGACGAGAAAGCUUGGGGUUGGAUCUUUUGCGAGUCAGUCUUCAACAUCGUGUUCUUCGUGGAGUGCGUGAUGCGCAUCAAGGCCGAGAAGGCGAAGUGGGUGUUCAGCUUCUGGAAUUUGAUGGACGCGUUCCUGGUCUUGAUCGGCAUGAUCGACACCUGGAUCCUCAAGUGGGUCGACAGUGGCUCGAGCGUCGGCUUCCUCACGCUCCUGCGGGUGUUCAGACUGCUCCGCCUGCUGAGGCUCGUGCGCGUGCUGAAGGUCCUCAAGUCCAACAAGGAGCUGCUGCUCCUGCUCCAGGGCCUGGGCGCCGCGGUGCGCGCCAUGUCGUGGGGCAUGUUGCUGCUGCUCAUCGCGAACUUCAUCUGCUCCCUGCUUGUCUGCAAGAUCGCGGGCAAGAAGCUGAUCCAGUGGGACAACUACCUAGAGUUCACGCCCGUACCUGACGAGGAGGCCGAAGGUGGGUGGUACGACACGUACGAAGAGAACUUCGGUACGCUUCCGAAGACGAUGUUCACGCUGUUCAUGUUCACCAUGGAGUUCCAGGCCGACAACUGCCGCGAGACCUUCCACGACGGUGCGUGGAUGUCGUAC